AAGCAUUCAGCCUCAGUGCUAGUGCAUCGAGCUGAGGCUGGCUCUCUGUUGGCGCCAACUCACGCCGAUAUUUUCAACUUGAGCCGAAUUGAGCUUUGAAGAGGCCUGCCCUUAUUACUCUGUACUUCAUCAAGCAUUGGUAUUGAGACGAGUGCGGCAUUUCGGCUUCCCCGCACUUGCUGAGGUUCCAAUGUGAUGCCAAGCAUCGCUCACGCAUGAGUAGGAGCAUGGAGGAGGGAAAGAUGCUGUUUGAGGGAAAUACGUGAGUAAAUAGGCCCAAGAACAUAGAAAGAUCAUGUGUUGAGACUGAUACCACGAUAGCUCGAAUAAUCGAUAGGUGGAUAACUCCGUAGAUGAUCAUGCAAUAAAUUCAGAUGAGCUUUUGGCAGGCAGUGGCAGGCAGUGGCAGGCAGUGACAGGCACAGAAUGUCAAAAGGGCGGGGACACUUGGCCCUGGCUCUCUGCCAGGGGUGCCUGAAGGGUCCACCACAUUGACGUCACCGCCAAGAGAUAAGAUGGGGCAGGCAGGACGAUCGCUGGUCCACCUCAUCCCAAUACUGCAAUUCAACGCGUUUGAAAACUCCAUCUUCUCCUCUUCCAUGCAUCAGGAGAGAUGAACUUUUCUUGUGAAACCGGCAUCUUGCAGACGGCCAAGACACGAUGGAGGGUCCACCCCAACCACAGGGAACCACGACACCCCGAUCAACGGUCCCUGAGUUUCCCCCUGGGUGGCCACAGAUCGCUUUAUGAUAUUGACAGAUAUCGACAAGAUGAGAUGAAUGUAUCUGAAAGCCACCUGGAAGUGCUGGACCACGGCUGGUGGGGUUGAAGCCCAGUUGAUGACAAUCAAGGCUUGGGCUAAUGGCUCUGUUGGCGUCGGUAGAACCCAAGAAAGCGUUCAGCCAUGCGGCAAUACGCAACCGACGGAGCCAGCACUACUACCUGGUUGGCAUCGUCCCACAACUGCUGUGGGUCGCUUGUGUUGAUCUGUCGGACUGUUUGAAGCCCCGAGUGGAAAACCCUUGAAGUAUACAAGCCGUCUGUCCACAUCCCCAGUUUUCCAGCUUUUCUCUUUGACUCGAUUUCCAUGGACUGGACAUUAGAGCACAAAAACCGACCUUAUACUUUCAUUCAUCCACGCUCAAUGCACCAUCAUGCGCUCCUCGGAGGAGGGCAUGCCCGAGCUGGGCUCAGAGGGACGACCGACCCUUCGUGUUCAGAUGCCGUCUUACUCAGAAAUGAGCUCAAACAGUGAAAAGCCCAAGGGCACUCUUGAUCCCGACCAUUUGGCUCCCGAAACGGCACCCCUCAGCCCUGCCGAGUCUAGAGAAGUCGCCAACAGACUUAACGACGACCUCGAGCUUCUCCGUAUCGAACGUAUUGUCUCUCAUCAGCAACAAAACGACGCCCGUUCGAGAAACCGAAGUCACCAUGAGCGUCCCGACCAGGUCGAAGAUGCCUUCAACUCAGCCACGCCUGCUCCCAUCACCGCCAGGACUCCGGAGAAAAAGUCGACCUGGCUUACACGACUUUGGGUUUCGUUGAAGAGAUUCCCUCGCGUUCUUCGCUACGUUGUCUACGCCAUCCCAGCCGGCAUCCUCAUUCUGAUACCAGUCUUCUUGGACUUGUUUGCCUAUGACGGCAAUAGCGAACCAGUUGGUGGUGAGGGAGGUGUUCAGCUGCUCUGGUUUGGAAUCUGGCUUGAGGUGGUCUGGUUAUCGCUAUGGGCUGGUCGCAUUCUCACCUCCAUCAUGCCUGCCACCGUUGCCUUCAUUGCAGAUACCGUUGGAUCAAGCAACCACAAGAAGUGGCGGGAUAUCGGACGCCAAAUGGAGUUUCCGACUGCCCUUUUCGUUUGGAUGCUGGCCGUCUUGGUGUCAUACAAGCCUAUAUUGAAUCACCGAGUCAUUAAUGAUCCCGACAAUGACGGCAGCAUACCUUAUGUCACCUGGGUCGAUGUUCUUUACAAGAUCAUCAUAGCCUUGUUUGUGCUGGCAACGCUCAAUGUGGCCGAGAAGAUUCUGAUUCAGUGGAUCGCAGCUUCGUUCCACCUGCGUACCUACUCGCACCGCAUUCGGGAAAACCAAAUGCAAAUCGACUGCCUUAUCACUCUUUACUCGUACGCCAAAACCCGGCUGGAAGAACAAGACCCGGUCUGGGAUCCCAACAGUGACAGGAACAACUCUUCUGGGAGCCGAACACCGAUGAAGGCCAUCCAUUCCAAUGCCCGUCAGGCUUGGAACAAGGUGGGCAACGCCGCCAGUCGCAUGGCUGGUGACUUUACCGGGCGAAAGGUUGCCAAGAACAAUCACAAGAGAGUUGUGUUGGAGCUGCUCCGAGAGACAGCAUCGAGUUACACACUUGCCCGCGUCUUUUACCGUACUUUUGUUCGUCCGGACCACAACACUAUCACGGUAGAUGAUCUCCUGCCAGCAUUCCCAACUCCUGAGGAGGCUGAGUUAUGCUUCAACGUCUUUGACAAAGAUCUCAAUGGUGACAUUUCGAUGGAGGAGCUUGAGAUGGUUUGCAACGAGAUCCACCUGGAGAAGAAGGCGAUUGCCGCCUCUUUGAAGGAUCUGGACUCUGUCAUCAAGAAGCUGGACGAAGUGUUCAUGUUUCUUGUUGCAGUUAUUGUCAUCAUUGUGUUUAUCAGCAUCAUCUCUAACUCGGCCGCUGCAGCGCUCACCUCGACGGGUACGGUUAUACUGGGUUUGUCGUGGCUUCUUCAAGCCACCGCUCAGGAAUUUCUUCAGUCCAUCAUCUUCGUCUUUGUCAAACACCCCUUCGACGUCGGUGACCGCGUCACCAUCUACGGCAACACCGGCUCCAUGAUGCGAGGUGAUGACUACUACGUCAUCGAAAUCUCCCUUCUCUACACCGAGUUCAAGAAAAUGGAAGGUCAUGUCGUGCAGGCGCCCAACUCCCUGCUCAACAACCUCUUCAUCCUCAACCAGCGCCGCAGUCAAGGUCUCGCCGACCCGAUCAAUCUCAAACUCCGCUUCGGCACGACAGAAGCCCAAAUCGAGGAGCUCAAGUCCAGAAUGCUGGAAUUUUGCCUCCAGAACAAGCGUGAUUAUGCCCCAAGGAUUAUCUCUGAAGUUCAGACCAUUGACGAGGUUGCCUCGAUCACCAUGAACAUCAUCUUUUUCCAUAAGAGCAACUAUCAAAACGAGCUCCUCCGUCUCACACGCCACAACCGUUUUGCCGUCGAGCUCAUGAGGCAGAUGCACGACAUGGGUCUGGAGACGCCUCGUCUUGUUGCGCCUGGUGGUGGGAGGGACAUGCCUAUGUAUUGGGCUUCGAUCCCACCCCCUGGGUACUCCCAGCGGGAUCAUGGACCUGACAACACACCUGGAACUACUGGCGAACCCGUCACGGCCGUGCCUCUUCCCAGCCCGAACGCAGCAGCAAGGAGGAGGGCCAACAGCCGUGCCGCGGUUGUGGAGGCGGGGAUGGAUUUUCAGGAUGUGUAUCACAGCCGGAAGAGGGAUAAUUCCGUUACGAGGCUGGCGUCGAUUAGUCAGUCGCCGAGGGAGGAUGAGGAGGAGGAGAAUAUUGGGGAUGGGGCCUCUCGGGCGGGGGUGAGUAUUGAUCAGCAUCUGGAGAAGGUUGCGAGCAGGGAUAGUGCUUCGACUAGGAGAGGGAAGUUGUGGCCUAUGAGGUCGGUAAGUAGGGCUGGGAGUGGGCAGCAUCAUUCUCGGUAUCAGGGGAGUGGGGGGAGUGGUGCACCGGGAGCGAUUGUUUAAGUGUAGGGAGGGUUUAAUGAUGGGCUUAUGGGAAGGGAUUUUGGCUGUUGAAGGCGGAUACCCGGGAGGCAAGGCAACAUUUUUUUACUUCAUUUUUUUCCGCAUUUGCAGACACACACACAUUUUUACAUACUGGGCCUGUGGCCGCAUAGGUAUAUUUUGGGCUUUUUAAACAUUUUCUAGAUACCUACAACAGAUUUUCCAUUUUUGUCACGCAUAUCAAAUAGGGAAUGAGUUCUCAGCAACAACAUUAAUGCCUCUGGCCGAUAAAAUAUUGAUACAGCAAAUUGCCCCUUUGUGUUUUAAAAAAA